AUGGCGUGGACGUUGAGACAAUGCGAAAGGGUGGCGAUGAAGGACGAAAAUAAGAAAUGUGUGAGAUCAGUGGAAGGCAUGGCGGAAUUUUCAGUAUUGAUGUUGGGCUCCAAGGUGGAGAUUCGAAAGGCAAAGUUUCUGUCGGCGUCGUCAUGGGCAAAGACGGCUACAUUGUUUUCAAUGAAGGAGGAGAAGAAGAUAAACGAGGGAGUUGCCAUCUACCAGUUGGAUACCAGUCAAUGGAGUGCAGGGCAUGCGGCAUUUGUGGCGUUGGGACAUCAGCCAGGGGAAAAUGAGGUCUGUCAUUGGAUUUUCAAAAAUGAUCUCAUCUGGGUGUCGCUGCCUGCUUGA